AUGGCGGGCCAACGGAGACUGUUUGCCCGAGGGUUUGUCUAUGGAGUGGCCACAGCCUCUGCCUUGGCCUAUAGUUACCUGCUGUCCAAUGAGGAAGAAGUGGUCAAGCCAGUUCCAGUUGACCCAUUGGUCAAGAGAGGAGCAGAGAUUCUCAAGUAUGGCGUCCCAGAGAGAGGUCCCGCCGUGCAUUACCUCCACAAUCAUGUUCUAGCUUACGACCAGGCCAGAAGAACCCCACUGUGGGUGGCUGAACACAUCAACAGCCAACAUUUACAGGGUCCCGCCAAUCGGAAACACUCAAAGUUCAAACCAGACCCCAGCGUGGAUCCGAUGUUCACAGCACACAACAAGGACUACUGGAAAAGUGGCUGGUCCAGGGGCCACAUGGCACCAGCCGGGGACAACAAGUUUAGUCAGGAAGCAAUGGACGAGACUUUCCUCCUGUCCAACAUUGUCCCACAGAACAUUGACAACAAUGCAGGGUUCUGGAACAGGUUUGAGAUGUACUGUAGGGACCUGACCAGCAGGUUUGAGGAUGUUUACAUACUGAGCGGUCCACUGUACCUUCCCACUCAGGAAGACCAACAGAAAGUGGUCAAGUACCCGGUGAUAGGAGAGAAUGAAGUAGCUGUCCCCACACAUCUGUACAAAGUUGUCAUUGCAGAGCGAUUCAACACCCCCACUUCCAUUGGUGCUUUCAUCGUCCCAAACCAACAAAUUGGCUUUGAACAAAAGCUGACAGACUUUCAAGUUCCAAUCGAAGAUUUAGAAAAGUCUUCAGGGUUUAAGUUUUACCCUCAGUUAGACCGAAGCAAGACCAAGAAUCUGUGUGAAAUGGACUCAUGCAAACUGCUUGACAAGAAAGAGUUUGAACUGUAUUUCAUUGGUAGAAAACUACAGAGUGCUCGAACACAAGAGAGAGUAGAUAAAGUAUGGAAAGAACUAGAGGAGAAAAAGUUGGAACCAGAUCAGUAUCUUGUUGAGUUGUAUGCUAAAAAAAAGGUAGACCUUUCAGCAAAACAGAGUGAGGAAUAA